UAUCGGUCUUUCACAUGUUUUGCGGCGUGCAUUGAACAAAAAAUAAAUAAUCUGAAAUAUUAGCAAUAAAAAGGAAUAAGGAAUGGAUAUAGACGAACUCUUCGAUUGCUUCGACGAAGCACCACAGGAGGUAGUGCCUCCAGUUAUUAACCAGGGGGAAAAGCCCUCGGGAAGCGGUGGCUCCAAAAAGGGAAGCAAACGGCAGGCGCAGGACAAGGAUUCUGAAAAAUCCACAAAAGAAGUGGAUCAAAAAGAUCAGGAGGAUGAGGAGGAGGAGCCCACCAAGCGCCUGAAGCAGACUGAAACAGAUGAUUUGGCGGAUGAGAUUGACAAAGAUGAUGAACCCACUCGCACUCUCGACGUGGAUGAUUCCGCUGCUCUGGAGGCGCUCCGCACGAGGAUUGUGACCCACCUGCUGGAGGCACCCGCCUCCUGCACACAUGAGGUGGCUGCACAUCCCGAUCAGGAGUACAUCCCUUUGCAACCGUUCACCGGCAUUCCGGCCAAGGAAUAUCCCUUCGUGCUCGAUCCCUUCCAGCGUCAGGCGAUUCUGUGCAUCGACAAUAGCCAGAGUGUACUCGUCUCCGCGCACACAUCAGCUGGCAAGACCGUGGUGGCGGAGUACGCCAUUGCCAAGUCGCUGGCCGCCAAGCAGCGGGUCAUUUACACCACUCCAAUUAAGGCGCUGUCCAACCAGAAGUUCCGCGAGUUCACCGAUGAGUUCAAGGACGUGGGUCUGGUCACGGGCGAUGUGACCAUCAAUCCCUCAGCUUCCUGUUUGAUCAUGACCACGGAGAUUCUGCGGAACAUGCUGUAUCGCGGCAGCGAGAUUAUGCGUGAGGUUGGUUGGGUGAUCUUCGACGAGAUUCACUACAUGCGCGACAAGGAACGUGGUGUCGUCUGGGAGGAGACGCUCAUCCUGCUGCCGGACAACGUGCGCUAUGUCUUCCUCUCGGCCACCAUUCCCAAUGCACGACAGUUCGCCGAGUGGGUUUGCCAUCUGCACAAGCAGCCGUGUCACGUGGUUUACACCGAUUACCGUCCAACUCCCCUGCAGCAUUAUAUAUUCCCAGCCGGAGGCGAUGGCAUCCAUCUCAUAGUCGACGAGAAGGGGCAGUUUAAGGAGGAAAACUUCAGCACUGCCAUGGCUGUGUUAGCAAAUGCGGGUGAGGCUGGCAAGGGAGAUCAAAAGGGACGCAAUGGAGGCAUUAAAGGCACAAACGCCGGACAAACGAACAUCUUUAAAAUCGUUAAAAUGAUCAUGGAGCGCAAUUUUGCUCCAGUUAUUAUAUUCUCCUUCAGCAAAAAGGAUUGUGAGCUCUACGCCAUGCAAAUGGCGAAACUGGACUUCAACACGCCAGACGAAAAGAAGCUGGUGGACGAGGUGUUUAAUAAUGCCAUGGAUGUGCUUUCCGAGGAGGAUCGCCGUUUGCCGCAAGUGGAGAAUGUACUUCCGUUGCUGCGACGUGGAAUUGGCAUCCAUCACGGUGGUUUGUUGCCCAUCCUCAAGGAAACCAUUGAGAUCCUCUUCGGCGAAGGUCUGAUCAAGGCCUUGUUCGCCACCGAAACCUUUGCCAUGGGUCUUAACAUGCCGGCGAGAACGGUGCUGUUCACAGCCCCAAGGAAAUUCGAUGGAAAGGACUUCCGGUGGAUCAGUUCCGGCGAGUAUAUCCAAAUGGCUGGUCGUGCUGGCCGUCGUGGAUUGGAUGACAAGGGUAUCGUUAUCCUUAUGAUCGAUGAAAAGGUUUCACCAGCCGUGGGUCGCGACAUUGUGCAGGGCAAGGCGGAUCCCAUCAACUCUGCUUUCCAUCUUACCUACAAUAUGGUUCUCAAUCUGCUGCGCGUGGAGGAAAUCAAUCCGGAGUACAUGCUGGAGCGCAGUUUCUACCAGUUCCAGAACCAGGCUGCUCUGCCCGGUCUUCAUGACCAAGUCGAACAAAAGACACUGGAACUGAACAAACUGAGCAUCAAAGACGAGCACAACAUUGCCUCAUACCACCACAUUCGCUCCCAGCUGGAUCAACAUGGCAAGGAGUUCCGCAAGUGGAUAACGAAGCCUCAAUAUCUGCUGCCCUUCCUGCAGCCAGGCAGACUGGUUAAGGUGGCUGCUGGUUCACAGGAAUACGAUUGGGGCAUUGUGCUGAACUUCAAGAAGCAGGACCAGAGUCGCAAGAAUCCGCUGAAAACUGAACCCAGCGUAACUAUCGAUGUACUGCUCCAUGUGAGUGAAGCGGCUGCUAAAUCCGGUGAUACGGAGCCCUGCAAGCCGAACGAGCGAGGAUGCAUGGAGGUGGUCCCAGUGGCCCACACGCUCAUCACCCAAAUCAGUUCGAUCCGCGUUUACUUCCCCAACGAUCUGCGAAGUGCGGACAAUCGGAGAGCUGUGCUCAAAACCAUUCAGGAGGCCAAGAAACGGUUUCCGCUUGGGCCACCGGUUCUCAAUCCCAUCGAUGACAUGAACAUCAAGGAUCGAGAGUUCCGCGAAGUAGUCGACACCAUUUCGCAGUUCGAAAAGCGACUGGAGGAGCAUCCGCUGCACAAAUCGCCGGAGUUGGAGCGCAUCCAUCGUCGCUAUCAGGAUAAAGUGCAGUUGCAGACGGAACUCCAGGACCUGAAGGCCGAACUGAAGGCGGCUCGCAGUCUGCUGCAAAUGGAGGAGCUGAAACACCGCAAGCGAGUGCUUCGUCGAAUGGGUUACUGCAAACCGGGCGAUGUCAUCGAGUUCAAGGGUCGCGUGGCCUGCGAACUCAGUUCGGCAGACGAACUUCUCAUGACCGAGAUGAUCUUCAACGGAGUGUUCAACGAGUUAAGCGCCCCGCAGGCUGUGGCCCUUCUCUCCUGCUUCGUUUGCGAUGAGAAGUCCAGUGAGUCACCGAAAAGUGCCACGGAAUUGUCGGGACCUCUGCGUUCCAUGCAGGAUUUGGCGCGGCGCAUCGCCAAGGUUUCCACGGAAUGCAAACUGGAUCUGGAUGCCGACUCGUAUGUGGACAAGUUUAAGCCCUUCCUCAUGGAUGUGGUGCUGGCCUGGUGCAAGGGAUCCAGUUUUUUGGCCGUCUGCAAGAUGACGGACAUUUUCGAGGGCUCCAUCAUUCGGUGUAUGCGUCGUUUGGAGGAACUGCUGCGCCAAAUGUGCCAGGCCUCCAAAACGAUCGGCAACACGGACCUGGAAAACAAGUUCUCCGAGGGAAUUCGGCUGCUCAAGCGCGACAUUGUCUUUGCCGCUUCGUUGUAUCUAUAGGAGUUAAGAACAAGCUAUUUUAAGGCCUUACUUCCAGUUCAAUUUCAAUCAAAUUUGUUUGAUUCGGAAUUCGUUUUUCCAAUCUCUAUCAAGACAAUUUUUUGCUUGAUAUUUGGAAAUGAAUUGAUGUUUUUAAGCUUCUCCAAACUUGAAACUAAUCUUAAAUUAAGACAGUCUAAGUACAGACUUAAUGAAGCCGAUACUUCUCUGUAUAUUUUCAAUGUUUAUACGACAACCAAGAUGGAUACAAUAAAUGAGACCCUUAGAUCACCAGAA